AUGGAUUCCUCGUAUCUCGUAGUUGGCCUUUUAAAUGCAUUUUUAUCCUACACCGCCACCAUGCUAAACAUUGUUACAAUCCACGCCAUAAGAAAAACUCCGUCCUUGUCAACGAAUUUAAAAACAUUGCUCCUUAGUCUGGCUGUUUCUGAUCUUGGUGUUGGUUUAGUGGUGCAACUUUUGUAUGUGGCACUUCGUAUUAUGGAGUCGAAGCUAAACAUUGAAACUGGCAAAACGUAUCAUGCCAUCUAUAUCGCGUUUCUUCUUCCGGCGAAUUUAUUUAUUUCCGCUACGCUGUUUCUCGUCAUUGUUCUUUGUGCAGAGAGAUUUAUAGCCAUUCAUUAUUACCUUAGAUAUCAAGAACUUGUGACACACAAGCGAGUUGUUGCUGUUGUCGUCUCAAUUUGGGUAUUAAGCGGGCUGUUUUCGUUGAUGAGGCUGUGGAUUUCAAAGAGUAUUAUGUACGUGGUUUUUGGCAUUACAGAACUUGCAUGUAUCAUAGCUGCCACUUUCUUCAGUGUCAGAAUUUACUCGUCCGCGCGACUUCACGUGAACGAAAUACAAGUGCUGCAGCUACAACAUGCAACACAGAACGCUCAAAUGGUUAACGUUCGAAGGAUACGAAAGUUUGCCAUGAUGUCAGUUUACGUUUGCCUCGUUUUAACAGUUUGCUAUCUGCCAAACAUUUGUACACUCUUUGCUAUUGUCUUCACUUCUAGACCAAGCACUGGCAUAAACUAUUUACAGAUGUACGCUCUGACACUGGUUUUCCUUAAUUCGUCGCUUAAUCCUGUGAUCUGCUGCUGGAAGAUGAAACACAUCCGACACACGAUCAUUGGCUUUAUACGAAAUGCAUUUACGAAGCAAAACUAAAGAGAGCUUCAAAACAAUCCAUCUGGAAAUAAUAAACGAUAUGAAAGAACGACAACAACAACAACAAAAAACAAUAACAAAUGUUAUGUUAAACCUACAAUAAAAAAAGAUGUAGCAGAAUAAGGAUAAAAAUGAACAAUAGAGAUUGUUGUAGUUCUCGUUAGAAUCAAUGAUUUAACAUUUAAAACAAUUUGUCUCACUGUUCUUUUGAAAUAGAUCUUACCUGAGAUGAUAUACUUAUGUCAUUAUUGCAUUUUAAAUGUUGUUGAAGCUAAGCAAAAUAACACACUGAUAGUUAACGUUAACAUAUAAGAGGUUUCAUACGAACCCUUUUGUCACUGAAAAGCAUAAGUCGAAUUCAUACCCCAAUAAUACAUUUAAAACAUUUAAAGUGUACGAGAUUAUUCUUAAUAAAAGGUGGGGGAAAGUAUGAUAAAAAACUUCCCUGAAACUGUUCCCGUUUAGAACCCUUAAGAUUUUAUGGUUUAACUGUUUUCGUCUCAAGAAACAUAUGUAUUGUCAAAUUCCUUUUGGUGUUCUGCAGUGUUUUUAUUGUUAUUUUGAUUUCAGUAAACAACAUUUCACCAAGGAUAAUAAUGAAAAGAAAAAGCCAAAGCCGUAGAUACAAAACCACCCUUUAGCUCCGUCUAAAAAGUUGCUGAAAAUUUCCACACAAAUGAGGACAUCAAACUUCAACUAGCCUGCGAGCUAGGUUUCUAUUUUGGGGGAAUCGCGAAAAGUCACGCGAGAGCAGCACGCGUAAGGAGACGCGAGUGCGAGGGGCAGGGUGGGAGGCGCGUUCUCUCUCUAGCAGGUUAAACUUCAACAGCUGUCUUGCGCGCUGUUCAUUCUCAAGACAAUUUCGUUCGAUUGUGGAACCUUGACGCUUUUGCGGUUUACAAGCUUUACUAGUUACUGAUACUAUAUUUUCACUUCCAUUCUGACCUAGAAAGGUCUGAAAUAGCUUCCAACAGGAUCCUGAAGCAGAGAGGGAAUUCAUGAAAAUGACGCGUUCUCACCUAAAUAUGAAUUGCUGGCGCUUGUUUUCCUAUUGACCAGCACCCUUCCAAAGCUCUUAUUUCACUGGUCCCUAUAACCUGCACUACCUAUUGUUUUUAGGGAUAGGGGCAUUGUUAUGUCAUCAUCCCUAUUGUUUUCUGGGCCAAUCACAAACCUUGUUCUCAGUUUCAGAGCAGAAUUAGAAUUGGGUAGCAAAUGAAUUUCACCUCAACAACAACAACAACAAUAACAACAAAAGAAAUAGUUCUUAAGUCCGCUUGCGUUUAAUGGUUGCGUGCAAAGCCAACGGAAAAUUGUCCGCUUAUAGGUUAUGUCGUCGAUAUUAUAAAUUGCAAAUACAACACAAGUUAAUGAAAGAGUUAGGGAACCAUAUGAUAUGUAAAUUAAACAGCUGAAAUUUUCCGAGCUGGUUAUUUAAAACCUACUGUUAACUAAAUAUGAUUUUUAGGACGUGUCGAAAAUAUAAAAAAUUUAACCACCUUUAAAGAGACGAAACACUUUGUAACUCUUUCAAUAGCGACUGUGAAGCCCUUAUGUUAACGCCAAAAAAUAAGAAGUCUUUAAUUUUGAAACAUGAGGGCAUUAAGUCUCGACAUAUUCAUCAAAAUUAAAUGGGCUAAAAGACUAACGAGGAACAGUUUUUUUCUAAUAUUUCAAUCGACCGCUUUUAGUCCCAUGCAACUAAUAAGCAACAUGUCGUUUUGCAGUAAAUUUUAAUGAACGUGACGUUCUUUUAAAAUACAGCAUCUGAAACAUACACAAGGGUGAAGGAUAGUUUUGUCCUUUUUCGCAUUUGGCUCGUUCGGAUGCAAUAUAGCCAUAUAACGGCCUCAAUAAAGACAAAAAAAACUUUAAAUAUGACUUUACUGUCAAAGGCGGGAACAAUGGUGGGGCAAGUUUCCUGUGUUUCAGUUGAAGAUACUUUAAACAGAACUUCCUGUUUUUAAAUUGGCAUGAAGCUAACAAAAACACAUAACGAUUUUACAAUUUGUCUUAAAAAUAACCAAGAGAUUUAUUCUGACACUUAGACCAGCAAUACUUAAUGAUCAGUUGAUACGUCAUUUUGUUAAGGUGAAAUGUUUCAUAGUGGCCCAGUUAAAAAGGAAUUUAGUCAAAGUACUUAUCAAAUGCUACCCUAUUAAAAGUCGUGGGGUUCUAAAAAUAAGUCAAUCCGCUACGAAGCUCUGGUAGAAGAAGUCCACGAAACUGAUUCUACUAAAUUCAUAAAAGAUCAAACUCUUGCAUCAUCGGACAGGAAUUUAACUGGCUUCAGCACAAUCUCCAAAAAGGACAACAAAUGGAUUCCCCGUAUCUCCUAGUUUGCCUUUUAAAUGCAUUUUCAUCCUACACCACCACCAUGCUAAAUAUUGUUACAAUCCACGCGAUUAGAAAAACUCCGUCCUUGUCAAAGAAUUUAAAAACAUUGCUCCUUAGUCUCGCUGUUUCUGAUCUUGGUGUUGGGUUACUUGCUCAGCCAAUGUAUGUGGUUCACCUUAUCUCUAUGGACUGGAACGAAAACAAUGAAACUAGUAAUGCCAUCUAUAUCGCGGUUCUUGUUCCGGCGAAUUUAGUUUUUUACGCAACGCUGUUUCUCGCCAUUAUUCUUUGUGCAGACAGAUUCAUGGCCAUUCAUUAUUAUCUCACAUAUCAAGAACUUGUGACACACAAGCGAGUUGUUACUGUAGUCGUCUCAACUUGGGUAUUAAGCGGACUGUUUUCGUUGACGAGGCUGUGGAUCCCAAAGAGUAUUAUGUACGUGGUUUUUGGCAUUACACAACUUGCAUGUAUUAUAGCUGCCACUUUCUUCAGUAUCAGAAUUUACUUGUCCGUGCGACUUCACGUGAACGAAAUACAAGUGCUGCAGCUACAACAUGCACCACAGAACGCUCAAAUGGUUAACGUUCGAAGGAUGCAAAAGUUUGCGAUGAUGUCAGUUUACGUUUGCCUCGUUUUAACGGUUUGCUAUCUGCCAAACAUUUGUACACUCUUUGCUAUUGCCUUCACUUCUACACCAAGCAAUGGCGUAAAGCAUUUACAGUUUUACACUGUGACACUGGUCUUCCUUAAUUCGUCCCUUAAUCCUGUGAUCUACUGCUGGAAAAUGAAACACAUCCGACACACGAUCAUUGGCUUUAUACGAAAUGCAUUUACGAAGCAAAACUAA